CACCCCCCCCCCCCCUGCUUCCCCACCUGGCCGGAGCUCUGUCAUAACUUCACCGACCCGAUCGUCUCCUUCACCGAUCCCGGUGAGCACCGAAAUUCGCGGCGGAGGAGACAAUGUCGCUCUCUUUUAGCUUCUCGGCGUGUAUUUCUCCAACACACACCAGAAGCAUAUCGAAGGUGCUCGAUCGGAAUCCAUACCUCAUCGUUGACUCGCGGAAAAGAGUCUCGGCGACCCAUUCCCAUGCCGUCGAGACUCAAUCGGCCAAAACAACCGUCACCGGCGAUGUUCCCGACACGGCGCGUCUGGUCCUGAGGCCAGUGGUUCAGGUGACUAGGGCUGCUCCACCAGAUGAGCGGAAGGAGAAUGCUUCCCGGAUGACGAAACUGGUUUGCACCAUUGGCCCUGCCACUUGCGGGUUCCCCGAGUUGCAGGAACUGGCCGUCAAUGGAAUGAACGUUGCCCGAUUGAACAUGUGCCACGGGACCCACGAAUGGCAUAGACGCGUGAUAGAGAAUGUUAAGAUGCUCAACGACGAGAUGGGCUUCUCCAUUGCCAUCAUGAUGGACACUGAGGGAAGUGAGAUUCACUUGGGUGAUCUUGGUGGUGCCACCUCAAUUAAGGCCGAGGACGGCGAUGUUUGGACCUUCACUGUGAGGUCAUGUUCUUCAUCUCUGCCGGAACAUACUGUUGUUGUGAAUUAUGACGGCUUCUCAGAAGAUGUUAACAUUGGAGAUGAAAUCGUGGUGGAUGGUGGGAUGGCAAGGUUUGAGGUUGUAGAAAAGAUGGGCCCAGAUGUCAAAUGUUGUUGCAGUGAUCCUGGGUUGUUGUUGCCGUGUGCCAACCUUACCAUCUGGAGGGAGGGUAGACUUGUUCAAGAGCGUAAUGCUAUGCUCCCAACCAUUUCUUCUAAGGAUUGGCUUGACAUAGAUUUUGGGAUCAGAGAAGGGGUUGACUUCAUUGCAGUGUCAUUUGUGAGAAGUGCUGAUGUGAUAAAUGACUUGAAGAGUUAUGUUGCUUCACACACUCAUGAGAAUAGCGUAGCUAUAAUUGCAAAGAUAGAGAGUGUUGACUCUUUGAAGAAUCUGCAAGAUAUCAUUCAGGCAUCAGAUGGGGUUAUGGUGGCCAGAGGAGAUCUCGGUGCUCAAAUACCAUUGGAGCAAGUGCCAUCAGUGCAGAAGCAGAUUGUUGACCUUUGCAGAGGGAUGAACAAACCUGUAAUUGUUGCUUCACAGCUGCUUGAGUCCAUGAUUGAAUUCCCUAUACCGACCCGAGCUGAAGUUGCUGAUGUUUCUGAAGCAGUAAAGCAGAAAGCUGAUGCCCUUAUGCUUUCUGGUGAAUCAGCCAUGGGACAAUUCCCUGUGAAAGCAUUAUCUGUUCUGAGAAGUGUCAGUUUUAGAAUAGAGAAAUGGUUGAGAGAUGAAAGAUGUAAGGAAUCUGCUGAACCGUUUUACGACACGAAUCUGUUUCCUGGAAGCAUACAGGAAGAGUUAUGCAAUGCUGCCAUAAAUAUGGCCAACAGCUUGGAAGCAGAUGCGCUUGUUGUUUUCACAAGAACGGGUAAAAUGGCAUCCCUUCUGUCUCGUGGCCGACCAAACUGCCCAAUAUUCGCCUUCACUCAAUCUGCAUCUGUCCAAAGAUGUCUGAACUUGCAGUGGGGCGUAACGCCAUUGAAGCUUUCGUUAUCAGACAACUUGGAGCACGAUUUGAGUCGGGCGUUUGUUUUCCUGAGGGAGAACGGGAUGAUAAAAUCGGGCGACACUGUUGUGACCACGUCAGCUGCAUUGCAGUCAAUCCAAGUGGUUUCAGCUCCUUGAACACAAAUGUGGGACUUUUGUUUAGUUGAAUGUUAUGUUUGUGGGAAAGAUUUAAAGUGGUAGUGUUACUAAAUUGAUUGUGUUGUAGGUUUGGUAUUUACAGGAGAAAAGGACUGUAUAUCAUGAUAGGCUGAAUAUGGCUUUCAUUUAUUCAUUUUGUCAUGUUUAUUAUUUUAUCACCAAAAGAGUCUUUGAGUUUUGAACUAAAUAAGGCAAGUCUCAUUAUAAGAGCAUGAGAUUGGAUUCUAAUACUUCAUGAUAUUUGGGUAUUUGAUAAGUCUAAACAAGGUUUGGA